AGGGGGAGGGGGCACACUCUUCCCGCCGCCCCCCCACGCUCGUCUCCCCGCGUAGCCAUUUUGGCUCAAGCUCGUGACUCUUCUCAGACUCGCCCGCAGGCCGACUGGGCGCGAUGCCAGUCACCAUCAAGGACGGGUUCAGUGUGAUCGCAACUGACGAGGACGUGUCGAUCGCGAAGAGCUGGGUCGUGAAAAAAACGUUUUCCGACAAUCGGUCGCGGGUGCUGUGUGAUCGGUUGAACGCUGGCUUCCGCGCGUUCUGUUUGAACGGCUUCGACAUGCUGGACAUGAUGCACGCCAAGCGGAGCGAGGUGUGCGACCCCCUCCUCGCCGCUGCUGCCGCCCCCCAACUUGACGAGGAGGCGGAGAUUGGCCCCCCAGCGGCCAAGGUGGCCAAGAAGGACGCCUUGGACCAGAUCCCAGGCUUCGUCAGCAUCACCGUGACCGACGAGAGCGGCGGCACCCACACGAUGAACGUCAAGUCGGCGGCAUAUCGCCGCACGCAUCUGCAGAUCGAGAUGCUACCCUCCAAUUUGGAAGUCUUGCAGAUGAAGCCUCUGGUGGUGGCCUCGGGCGACUGGGCACCCGUUAUCGACAACCCUUUGGUAUCGUGGCUCGCGUACCGCCACGCCCUCUCGGUGUCGUAUUGCUGCGCCAACAAGGGCAAGGUCCUCCACAAAUCUAUGAAAGUACCGACUAAAGGCGACGCCCAAUGCAAGCAGGCCGAGGCCGAGAAGAUCGCAGCCGUGUUGCUCGAGUGGCGGGCGCAGCACCACACGGAGCCCUCCAUUAAAGCUUGAUGCGGGUGGUUGGCCAACGCACGUCGCCGUGCGUGGGCGUAGGUGUCGAGCGCGGCCAUCCUAGCUCGUGUUCUUUAGGCCCCCUCGCACUGAGGCAGUUCUCAAGAAUUCAGGCGCUGCAUGAGCGUCCCAGAAGCGAGCUGGUGUCGGGGAGUGCCAGCGUAUCGUGCAGGGGUGGACGCUGCGCAAGAAGCCAUCGCCCCAGCCCAGCCCCACCUCCAGCUAAGGCCCAGGUCCAGCU